GGUUCGGAACUUUUACCACCCCUACUAUUCCAUUAUUGUAUACAGAAGGGAAGGCCCCUGCAAAAACAGAGGAACAAGCAGAGUUGUUUGCACAUUAUUUACUAAAACAGGCAGCAAGAAAUGAGGCUACUAAAUCCUACCAUUUUCUUCUUAUCAUUUAUUAUUCUCACCUCACUGCACAGACCAACCUUUGCUUUCAAAAAGUCAUAUGUUGUGUACUUGGGAGCACAUUCACAUGGCCAGGAAUUUACUUCGAUUGAUCAAAGUCUUGUGACAGAUUCUCACUAUGAUCUUCUUGGAUCAUUCUUGGGAAGCCGAAAGUUCGCACAAGAUGCCAUAUUUUACUCUUAUACAAGGCACAUCAAUGGCUUUGCUGCAACUAUAGAAGAUGAAGUUGCUGCACAAAUAGCUAAACAUCCAAAAGUAGUUUCAGUCUUCUUGAACACAGGAAAGAAGUUGCACACAACUCAUUCAUGGAGCUUCCUCGGACUCGAGCAAAACGGAUUAGUUCCUUCCGACUCAAUCUGGAAGAAAGCAAGAUUUGGGCAAGAUAUAAUUAUCGGAAACCUUGAUACUGGCGUCUGGCCUGAAUCCAAAAGCUUCAAUGAUGAAGGGUUGGGACCGAUUCCAUCAAAGUGGAAAGGAAUAUGUCAAAAUGGUUCAGAUCCUGGUUUCCACUGCAAUAGGAAGCUUAUUGGGGCAAGAUACUUCAACAAAGGGUAUGCCUCAGUGGCUGGUCCUCUGAAUUCCACCUUCGAUUCGCCUCGUGAUAAAGAGGGUCAUGGAACUCAUACCUUGUCGACAGCAGGUGGAAAUUUUGUAGCAGGAGCCAGUGUCUUUGGGUUAGGCAAUGGAUCAGCGAAAGGUGGUUCACCAAAAGCACGAGUUGCAGCUUACAAGGUCUGUUAUCCCCCAGUUGGUGGAAAUGAGUGCUUUGAUGCAGAUAUCUUAGCAGCAUUUGAUACUGCAAUAAGUGAUGGGGUUGAUGUCCUGUCCGUGUCACUGGGAGGGGAUCCUACACCAUUCUUUAAUGACAGUGUUUCCAUUGGGUCUUUCCAUGCUGUAAAGAACGGGAUUGUCGUCGUUUGUUCUGCUGGUAAUUCUGGUCCUAAUGAUGCUACUGCCUCCAAUCUUGCACCCUGGCAGAUCACUGUUGGUGCCAGUACCAUGGACAGGGAGUUCCCCAGUUAUGUUACGCUUGGCAACAACAUGACCUUCAAGGGAGAAAGUUUAUCAAGAACAGCCCUGCCAAAGGAUAAGUACUUCCCAAUUAUAAGUGCUUCAGAUGCUAGAGCAGCUAAUGCAGCUGUGGAAGACGCGCUGCUGUGCAAAGCUGGAACACUUGAUCCCAAGAAGGCAGAGGGGAAGAUCUUGGUCUGUCUCCGAGGGGGAAAUGCAAGAGUGGACAAGGGUGAGCAAGCUGCUCUGGCUGGUGCUGUUGGGAUGGUUCUUGCCAAUGAUAAGGAUUCUGGCAAUGAAAUUAUUGCUGACCCUCACAUCCUUCCUGCUUCUCAUCUCAAUUACACCAAUGGUGUCGCUAUCUUCGCUUACAUUAACUCCACUAAGUCUCCCAUUGCUUAUAUCACACCUUCAACAACGCAAAUCGGCACAAAGCCAGCUCCCUUCAUGGCAGCAUUUUCCUCUAAAGGUCCCAACACCAUUGCUCCAGAGAUCCUCAAGCCUGAUAUCACCGCACCAGGAGUGAGUAUCAUAGCAGCCUACACAGAAGCAGAAGGACCUACAAAUGAAGAUUUCGAUACCCGACGAGUUCUGUUUAACUCGGUAUCAGGCACUUCAAUGUCAUGUCCUCAUGUUUCAGGCAUUGCUGGCCUUCUAAGAACUCUGCAUCCGACCUGGAGUCCUGCAGCAAUUAAAUCAGCAAUUAUGACUACCGCAAUGACGCAGGACAAUAACAGGGAGCCAAUUCUGAAUGCAUCCUACACCAAGGCAACUCCAUUCAGCUAUGGAGCAGGACACAUCAGACCAAACCAAGCUAUGGAUCCAGGGCUGGUUUAUGACUUGUCUGUUUAUGAUCACCUCAACUUUCUAUGCGCCAUGGGGUAUAACGCAACCCAAAUUUUAUCAUUCUCUGAGACUCCCUACAGAUGCCCCUCCAAGGCCAUUAAUCUUGCCAAUUUCAAUUACCCUUCCAUCACCAUCCCUAAAUUCAAUCGCACGGUCACAUUCACUCGAAGAGUUAAAAAUGUUGGCAGUAGUCCAAGUACUUACAAAGCUCGUAUCAUAAAACCAAGUGGGUUUUCCAUUUCUGUUGAGCCAGAGGUGUUAAAGUUCAACAAGGUUGGGGAAGAGAAGAGCUUUAGAGUUACCCUGAAAAGCAAACAAUUGUCUGCAAGAAAGGAUUAUGUCUUUGGAGAGUUGAUUUGGUCUGAUAAUCAGCAUUAUGUUAGGAGUCCUAUUGUAGUGAAGUGGUGAAAAGCAGCCAGUGAUUUAUGAAAAUAGCUGAUUAAUUAACUAUUACCAUUCAAUCCUGCUUAGAGGAUAUGAUUAUUCUUAGGAAUUGCUAAUGUUCCUUGGAUAAGAGUAAUGAAUGAAAGAAGCAAAAUAUUAUCCAUUAGCUAAA